AUGCCCUGGACAGAGAAAAUGCGACAAGCCAUCAAAUCGUCGGCUACAGUGCCGGGCACUAUACACACAGACAUGCGGGCCAGUGGCCACUUGGCCGAAGAGUUGCUCAGCGGUUAUAACGAUGUCAAUUACCGGUGGGUCUCGUGGGACAACUGGACGUAUGAGCGCACGUUUGACGUCCCGGCGGCACUGCUAACCAAACAAGUGGUCAAUUUGGUGGCCGUAGGGGUGGACACAGUGUCCAAGAUAUACGUGAACGACCAGUUGGUCGGAGAGACUGUUAACCAAUACGUGCGGUACGCGUUUGACGUGAAGAAAGUGGUCAAAAGUGGCCAAAACACUAUACGCGUGGCGUUCGAGUCGGCGCUAACCUACUCGCGCUGA